CCAUCACUCUUUUCCGUUGUGAUAUUCUGUUGUCUGUUGCGAUUCCUUUGCCAUUGCUUCUUUUGACCGCUCGACAAGACAACAACUCGAUAGGGUGGCGUUGCGUUGCCUUGCCUUGCCUUGCGUUCCACUGCGUUUCGUUUCCCGACAACAAUCCGCAAGAAUGGCGGUCGUAAAAGGCUCCGCCCUCCACAAAGCCUUCGGACCCGCGGGGGAGCGGGACGAAGAACGCGAGCCGCUUCCGUGCCAAAAAUACCUCGCCCCCCUGGCAAGGCGCAACAAAAAAAAGGCCGUCGAUCUGGAGGCGAUCGGUUCGAGGGCCAACAACCAGCUCCUCGACCUCUUGCGGUGCAGGAACAGGUUCCACGCCCGAUCCAAAAGCAGCGGCCAGGGGUCCUGCAGGGCCGCCGAAAGCGCCUACGACGCCUGCCACUCCUCCGUCAUGGGGACCGGGAGCUUUCGUGGCCGCAGGCACUGCGGAAGGGAACUCGGAGACUACCUGGAGUGCGUCGCCGCCGCCGCCGCCGCGUCCGCUGCCACCGAACCCAGCGGGUGAACCGGACCGCGGCGACGAAGGUUUGCCGUGCCGAUGUUUGGGUGCCGGCGUGGAAAACCGGCGACACACGGCGCGGAGCGAACCAAGCCGGGGAAGCGGCGCCAUCCGGCCAAUCCAAUCCAAUCCAAUCCAACCCAACCCAACCAAACCAAUCCGCCGGGGACGCGAAGCGCACGCGCCGCAGCGGGAACAACACGACACGACACGACACGACACGACACGACACGACACGACACGACACGACACGACACCAGCACCAUUACAAUACAAUACAAUACAAUAC